CAACAACAAAACACGCGCUCAUACUCUUACCAAGAACUCGCGCGGAGUUUAGAUAUUGUACACAUAUCUGUGGCGGGAGAUGUCGAACAGCGGGAGAUAGACAAUAUAUCGUUGUUUUGAUAUUUAAAAUAAUGUAAAAAUAAAAUACGAUAGCAGAACGAGUUGUGACAAUAAACGGCUUUUGCUGGAAGACAACACAAAGAUGGAAGAUUUCGGAAUAUAUGCGGUUUUCGGAGUAAACUGUCCGCCUCAAAGGCUGCUGAGUGCUGAAGGUUCGUGUAGGGUGUCUGUUGCAGUUCCCCCGAGUGUCCGCCAGGUGGUGCUGUUCAGCAGUGGGCCGUGGGGGGAGCGGAUCUGCGUCAACGCGGAGCUCAACGAUGCUGACCGGUUCCCCAUCACUAUUGGAAAACUGACUCCAUAUAACAAGUGCCUGUCAUGGGAGCAGUGGGAAGAGGAGACCUGGACAGACAGCGUCACACUGAAUGUCACUCUGGAAGGAGGAAACCUGGUAAAAGCAGAUUGGUCAGAGACGGAACUCCUGUCUGUAAAGGAAUACACACCAAAGGACACUGUGGCUCCCCUCGCAGCCCUGGAACUCAACGGCAAGAGGAAGAGAGCGCGAGUGUCUGAGGAAGACGGGGACGAGAAUAAGAUGACGAAGAGUGGGGAACAGGAGAACGUGUGUCCAAACGGCACCGUGGAGAAGACCACACCUGUGCGAAAGGCCACAGGUCAAACCAAGGGGGGCCAGAAGCUGUUCAGUAGUGGAGCAGAUGCAGCAAAGAUGAAGGGAACAGUUAAUGGAGCAGGACUGGUGCAGGGGAUUGUGGGAAGAACGCCUCCACAGAGUGCAGCCAGGACGAAGAGUAAGCAGGCCAAGACUCCCACACAGACCGCCCCAUUGGUCAGCCCGUCAGGUCGCUGGGGUCAGACUCUGUGCCCCAUCGAUGCUCUGACAGCUAUUCUGAUUGGAGGCCAGGGAUCCAGGAUGCAGUUCUGCAAAGAUCCCAUGUGGAAGCUCUGCACAGAGGACAUGUCCUGGGUUGCAGCGGAGACUCUGGCAGAGGGUCCAACACCCGAGGCCAGGAUCGGCCACACAGCCGUCUACGACCCGGACUCCCAGCGGAUCUUUGUGUUUGGAGGCUCUAAGAACAAGAAGUGGUUCAACGACGUUCACAUCCUUGACACACAGAGCUGGAAGUGGACCAUGGUGGAGGCUCAAGGCAAGGUUCCUCCUCUGGCCUACCACAGCUGCAGUAUGUUUCGGGGCGAGCUGUUUGUGCUGGGAGGAGUGUUUCCUUGUCCAAACCCAGAGCCAGACGGCUGCAGUGACUCACUGUAUAUCUUCGAUCCCCACCUCUCCAUCUGGUACCAGCCGAUUGUAACUGGCGACAAGCCAUCCCCCCGCUCAGGCCACUCUGCAUGUGUGAUGCAGCAGAGGAAGAUCUAUGUAUUUGGUGGAUGGGACACUCCUGUCUGCUACAAUGACAUGUACAUGUUGGACCUCGGUCUGAUGGAGUUUUCUGCUGUGAAAACAACUGGGAAAGCCCCCUCUCCGCGAAGCUGGCAUGGCAGUGCUGUGCUCUCAGAUACAAAGUUCUUGAUCCACGGAGGUUACAACGGAAACAACGCUCUCAGUGACACCUUCAUCUUUGAUAUAGACGCCAACAGCUGGACGGAGGUGACGCUCCCUCAGCUCUCUGUCCCCAGGGCGGGGCACUCCAUCAUCACCAUGGAGACGGACGGCCACCACCGUUUCUCAGGGCAGGAUGAAGACGUGGACGCGGGCUCCAUCAGCAGACGCCUGCUGGUGUUCGGAGGCGGAGACAACGAGGGCAACUUCUACUCCGACCUGACGACUGUCGCCGUGGAGGAUCUGCUCGCUGCUAUUUAAAGAGAGCGAGUCAGAGGUGAAUCCUCACUCCCUGACUGCUUGUGAAGCCAUUUUAACACCCCCCACAGAUCCUUUUUAUUAUUUAUAUUCCUAUAGUUUGUCUUUGUUUCCUUUUUGGCUGUGUGAGCCCUCUCUUUCUUUCUUUCUUUCUUUCUUUUUUUUUUAUUUUAUUUUUUUAAAGGUUUUAAAGAUGUUGGAGUUGGAAAGUGUACAGUUGAGGCAUUUUUUCUUGUUUCCAUGUAGUGCACAACAGGAAUAUGAGAGCUACUUUUUUUAACGAACAUCAAAGAGAAAUGUCCUCCGUCUCCUUGUGGUUCCAUAUGAAUUAGUCUUGCAUUGCCAGAUCUAUCUCCAUAGCACUGUCAGUGCUGGAGUAUGGGUCUGGCUGCACAGGUUAACAUUCUAAUAUAGGGGGGAAAACACUCUUGACUUGUUUAUUUCUUUAAACCAGUCGCCUCAGGCGGUGCUAAUCACCAGAUACAGCGACAGCGCCCUUGCAAAAUAGAUAGCGGAAGGGGAGGAGAUGAAUCAAAUGUUUUAUGUACAUAGUUCAAAGCUUUUCAACUUGUUCCUCAGGUCAAAUGUAUAUUUUUGUUUCUGAUAUAUUAUUUUCUUUCACUAAUGAAUAAGUGGAGCUUUUAGAAGCCUCGAUAUGCGGAAUAUGUUUCCUCUGGAUAGCUGCACGUGCAUUAACUGUAUGUUAGGCUCAAAAACAUGGUAAUGUCAUCAUUUCCAAGAUCUCACUUCAUGUUACUGUGCAUUGGCACUCGGCUUCUUUCUUUACCUAAUAAUAAACAUUUGAUUUUCUACACUGUA